AUGGAGGAGGCUGCGAGUAACGGAUUUAGCGCCGUUUCGUCCUCUUCAGCAUCAGUCGUUCCUAGAAAGAUCGAGUUUCAUCUCGCAAGGAAACCUUUCAAUGGCUUCUCCUCUUCUAAUGGUCGUUCCGAUUUCAAGAUUGAGACUUUGAAUCCCACACCCUCUGCCAACAAGCAAGUUUUCUCUUUAGCGUCCUUUAAGAAGCGAGACGGGUCUGAUUCUUUGGAACAUGGGUUAGAUCGGGAGCUUACUUUUAAUAGAACCAUCCGCAAAAUCGGUGCUGGUUUGGAGAAUCUCGGGAACACAUGUUUUCUUAAUUCGGUAUUACAAUGUUUGACAUACACUGAGCCAUUAGCUGCUUACCUGCAAGACGUUGGCCAUGAGAAACGCUGCCAUGUGGCUGGGUUUUGUGCAUUAUGUGCAAUGCAGAAGCAUGUGAGGACUGCUCUUCAAGCUACUGGCAGAAUAUUAGCACCUAAAUAUUUGGUCUCAAACCUGCGAUGCGUUUCGAGAAACUUCAGAAAUUGUCGGCAGGAAGAUGCUCAUGAGUACAUGAUUAAUUUGCUAGAAUGUAUGCACAAGUGUAGUCUACCUUCUGGUGUUUCAAGUGAAUCCUCUGAUGCUUACAAGAGCAGCUUGGUUCACAAAAUAUUUGGUGGUACCCUCCGUAGUCAGGUGAAAUGCGCGCAAUGUUCACAUUGCUCCGACAAGUUUGAUCCAUUUCUUGACCUAAGUCUAGACAUUUCGAAGGCUGAUUCAUUGCAGAGAGCGCUUACGCGUUUCACUGCUGUUGAGCUCUUAGAUGAUGGUGCAAAGGUUUACCAAUGUGAAAGAUGCAAGCAGAAAGUUAAAGCUACAAAACAGCUGACUGUUUCUAAAGCACCGUAUGUUCUCACUGUUCAUCUCAAGCGAUUUGAAGCACAUAGAUCCGAGAAGAUUGAUAAGAAAGUCGAGUUUGCCUCUGCAGUUGACAUGAAACCUUUUGUUAGUGGUACCUAUGAGGGUAAUUUGAAGUACACUUUAUAUGGUGUUUUAGUUCAUUAUGGUCGAAGUACCCAUUCUGGUCACUAUGCUUGCUUUGUUCGCACUGCAAGUGGCAUGUGGUAUUCCCUUGAUGACAACAGGGUUCUCCAAGUUAGUGAGAAGACUGUGUUCAAUCAGAAGGCGUAUAUGCUAUUCUAUGUUCGUGAUAGACAAAACACGAUCCCAAAGAAUGUGGGUGCCAUGGUUAAGAAAGAGAUUUCCAAAGAGAGCAUUGCCACAAACAGAGCUUCUUUGAGUAUAUCUUCUAACAGAAGUGACCAAGUGAAUGGUUCAACAGUCAUGAAAGCAUGUAGUUUGAACGGUCUUGUUGCCAAUGGUACAGCACCCUUGAGAUCAUGUAGUCAAGGUGCUCCUGCUGUCAUUUCCCUAAAAGAUUCAAAUUCCAAAGAGACCCUUCAAAAGGAACUGCCACCAUCACAUGCUAAUGGAAAAGGAUCUUUGGUAAAGGGGUAUAUAAAGCCUGCAUGCGCAACACUACCAGGGAAGGUUUCUCCUCUCCUGGAUGGCAGCACUAACACUCAAGUUCUUGUGAACUUGCCUACUUCUAUAGCUAAAGCUGAAAACAAGUCGGAAGAAUCGGCUGCUUUGCUUGAGCCAAUAAAGACAACUUCUGAUGAGGAGACUCUCACCACAGCAAGAAAGACUCGCAAGGGUAAAACAAAAACCCUGCAGGUGGGAUUAAAACUUUUCAAGCUGGCCCUUGGCGUACGGAAAAAGAAGAAACAGAAAAAGGGAAGAUCAAGUGCCUUAGCUGUUGAGGGUAUUUCUGAGGAGCUUCUAUCCAAGGAAAGAGCUACAGAUCAAGAGCGUUCGACCUCACAGAUAACUAGCGAAGUUGCGUCAGACCAACAACAACCGUUGAGGAGUUCUGACUUAUCUCAAGCAAGCCAAAUCGCCAAAAGAAAGAGAGAAACCUCAAAAGACAAACAAAUCGCGUUAAAGAAAGAUGAGCCAACAAUUCUCACGCGAGGUUUGCCAGAGACAGUUGUUUCUAAAUGGGAUGAAGAAGUCUCAGCUUCGAAGAAGAUGGGAAUGAAUGAAGGCACGAAAAUCGGUUAUGUAGCAGAUGAAUGGGAUGAAGAAUAUGAUAGAGGGAAGAAAAAGAAGAUAAGGAUCAAAGAGGAGAUGUAUGUAGGCCCCAACCCUUUCCAGGCGUUUGCAUCGAAGAAACAACAAACAGAUACAAAGAAGAAAUACUCAACGCAUUAAUACCGCAAAGACAGGCUUGAGGAUAUAAGCAAGGAACCAUCCAUAAUUUACAAAAAGGAAUUUGUAAUCCACUUGUUGCUGUAUUUGGCAGAAACUAAUGUUAACAAUAGAGGAAAAGAGAAGAGAGGCUAUAGACAUUGGAGAUUGUUUUGUGAUCUCUUUUCCUCUCAGUUUUGUGCUGUUUGUCUCCACAUAUUGAUGCUGUUUUAGACCUUGUAGUACUAUUUUAGCAUUGUUAGAAAAGAGAAAACCAUGUGUUAUAAAUGAGCAUUGUCGUGUUGGA